AUGCCGAAAGUCAGAGAUAUUCUGUAUUACGCAGUGCAUGUCCAGGAGCUGCGGUCCAUCAUUCAAUGGAAAGUCUGGCACAACCCUGUGCAUGAAAGGGACGAGUCAACAGAGACGGAGUCCGCCAAAAUUUGUUUCAAAUAUCUUGACAAGACCAGCCGAAGUUUCAGUGCUGUCAUCAAAGAACUACACCCCGAGCUCCUAUUACCUGUCUGCGUUUUCUACCUGGUCCUGCGUGGCUUGGACACCAUUGAAGAUGACACGUCAAUAUCCGCGACCACCAAGGAGCCCCUGCUGCGAAAUUUUCACGAGAACCUCGAAGUCGAUGGCUGGCAUUUCGACGGCAACAGACCCGAAGAGAAAGAUCGCGAGUUAUUGGUCAACUUUAGGUACAUCAUCACAGAGUUCAAAAACAUGAAGCCUGCGUAUCAAGCGAUUAUCAAAGAUAUUACACAAAAGAUGGGGAAUGGAAUGGCGGACUAUUGCCUGAAUGCUGAGUUCAAUGAAGUCGGAGUCAACACCGUUGAAGACUACGACCUCUACUGCUAUUACGUGGCCGGUCUCGUUGGCGAAGGACUGACCCGCAUGUUUGUGGAAAGCAAAUUUGCCAACCCGGGACUUCUAGAAAGACCCCAGCUUCAUAGGUCAAUGGGGCUUUUCUUACAGAAGGUCAAUAUCAUCCGAGAUAUCCGCGAAGAUUUUGACGACCAUCGAAAAUUCUGGCCUCGAGAGAUCUGGUCGCAAUAUGUAGACAGCUUUGAGGAUUUGUUCAAGCCGGAAAACCGAGAGAAGGCGCUAAACUGCAGCUCGCACAUGAUCCUCAACGCGCUCGAUCAUGCCGAUGACUGUCUCUUCUUCCUAGCAGGUUUGAGGGAACAGAGCGUGUUCAACUUCUGUGCUAUCCCGCAAUCGAUGGCUAUUGCGACACUGGAUCUCUGCUUCAGAAAUUACGCCAUGUUCCAACGCAACAUCAAGAUCACCAAAGGGGAAGCAUGCCAACUCAUGACUGCGUCAACACAAAAUUUGCAAGUGGUGUCUGAGGCGUUCCGAAAACAUCUUCAUUCUAUUCGAAGAAAGAAUAGACCAGAAGACCCCAAUUUCUUGAAGAUCAGCAUCGCGUGUGGAAAGGUGGAACAGUUCAUUGAAUCCAUCUUCCCGUCGCAAAAGGUGGAGGAAAUCCUGGCCAAGGGAAAGGCGGCUGAGCUUCAGGCAGCCAUUUCAGCAAGGGAGAAGACGGCGCCAGAAGUGGGCAGCAAGAAGGAGACUCUGGUCUUGCUUGGAGGUGUAUUGUCGAUGAUGUUGGUCAUCACAGGGAUUAUGACUUACAUUGCGUGGCUUAUGGGCGCUCGAUUCGAUGUGGCCUUUGAGGAGAUUAAGCAAAGCUGGGCUCAAUUGACUGGGGGAUCCCUUUUUCAGGGAUUGGAUCAGGUGCAACCCACCAACCAUCCCACGGGUCAUGGUGAACUCUGA